CACCGGUUUAGGAGCAGCUGCUUUUUCUGUCUGCGUUUUCUGCCCACAACUUUUUUUUUAUUCACUUAUGUGGGGUAUUGCCACUACCUCUGUUUCAUUGAUGUUGUAACUACAUUUCAUUUAGCGAGGUUUGAAGGAUUAUCGUUUUCUUAUUAUCUUAUUGUGCGCACACCGUGAGCAGUUUGUGACGGUUAAGAACCCAGAAAAGUAAGAAACGUGUUUUGAUGUGGAAGCGGCUAAUUAUGAUUUCACCAGCUGACAGGUGGGAGUAGUAGAAGAGAGAGCUUUAAAAUGUGGACAGACAAGCAAAGAGGAAUCAGAGUUUCUCAGGAGGAGCUGCUCUGCAAGAACGCCUGUGGGUAUUAUGGAAACCCUGCAUGGCAAGGCCUCUGCUCCAAGUGCUGGAGGGAGAGAGCACGUCCAGCUGGAGCCCCGAGACAAGACGCAAGGCCAAGAAAUGACAGAACUCCUGUCACCUUCUCCAAAUUUGAGGAGAAGAAAAGCAUUGAGAAAGGUCAUCGAAUCAAUACAAUGAGGAGACUCUUCUGGGGGAGCCCAUCACCUCCAAAACGCCAAGAGUCCUCAGAAAGCCAAACGAAUGCUCUAAAAGCAUAUCAGAGCCUUGAGCCUGGGGACUUCACCGGUUUCCUAAAAAUACUUCGGAGCCCUCCCUCCCAGCGCUUGCAGUCCCGAUGUACAGCUUUUCUCAACACGAUGGAGGCUUACCAUGACCUGCCGGUACAGAAACAGUCGGAUCUUGUGCAAGAUUUCUACCAGUCUUUUGCUGAGCAUUUUAGCAGUUUUUCUGAAGCCCAGGUCACUCAGAUAAUGGAGCACAUAGAGAAACUAAUAAUGACACGCUUGCACAAAUGGGUGUUCUGCCACGACAGCUGUGAUGACGAACAGAAGGACCUGGCUCUCCAGAGAAGGAUACGCUCUUUAAACUGGGUCACUCCGCAGAUGCUGAGCGUACCCUUUCCUGAUAAAAUGACUGCAGUCACAAGCGAUCCCUUUCUGCCUGCUAUAACAGCCAUAAUUGAAAUGGAUGCCAAACGAGCGCCUCAGGACAAACUUGCUUGUGUGUCCAAAUGCAGUCAGCAUGUCUUCGAGGCACUCUCCACCUCAAACAGCGAGCCCGCUAAUGCAGAUGACUUCCUGUCUGGGCUGAUUUAUGUGGUGCUGAAGGCCAAUCCUCCACGCCUGCACUCCAACAUGCAAUACGUGAUUCGGUUUGGUCUCCCUCACAGCCUAAUGGCAGGAGAGAGCGGCUACUAUUUCACAAAUUUGUCCUGUGCUGUGGCCUUCAUUGAAAAGCUAGAUGGGCCAUCACUAAACCUCAGUCCAGAAGAGUUUGAGGGCUACAUGCUGCAUCAGCGUGCUCCCUCUGAAGGAGACAAGAGGCAGCAGAUUGCCAACGACACACAGCACCUGUUAGAUGAGCUAAAAGGCAGACAGGAGAAGCUGGACCAGGGGAUGGAUGCUCUCAACGUGCAGCUACAGAAGUGGGUGCAAGCAGUUCAUUCACAACUGGAUGAGGCAACAGCACAGUUUGCUGUGGUACAGAAGGAGAUAACAGCUCAGGCUGAGCUCUCACAGGUUUCACCAUCCUCAUCUCAAGAUGCGUCACCGGAAGGGGAUAACAAAGACCAGUCGGUGCAGGUGCUUUCAGAUCAAUGCGCAGGUCCAAAAGACACAGACUGUUAGCUAUAUUAACAUAAACACCUAAUCUGACACUUGAAUCUUUGUAGUAAUCAGCACUAACAUAUGUAGGUAGGAUGCAAAACAAACAGAUUAUAUUCUAAUACUACAUUUGCACAGGUUUCAGCUGGAGAAAGCUGGGAUUUGUAAACCAACAUGAAGGAAAACUUCUUGAAGGAAAUAAAUGAUUUGCAUCCUGUUUGAGGGUGAUGUUCAUUAAAAUACAUUCCAGAUUGUAGUAAUGUGUCAUCAAAAGUAAUAUAGUUAGCACUCAGGGUACAAAGCACUUCAGUGAUUUCACCUAAUACUUUAAGGGUACUUAUUUGAUAUUCACUUUUUUCUAAUAGUGUACACCAGUGUGCCUAUAUGUAAAAUGCUGUGAAAU